AUGACAUCUGUUUUCACGGUGUCCUUUCUCCUUUGCUUUGCUUAUGGGCAUGCUGCUUUUCUGUGUAUGCUGACUGAAUAUACCAUGUACGUGGAGAAGGAAGAGUGCAAUUACUGCAUUGCUGUCAACACAACAAUAUGCUCUGGAUACUGCCCAACUAAGGAUCCUAAUAUGAAGGGAAAUUUGCCUGAGAUCAAUCUAAAUCAGAACGUCUGUACAUACAGUGACUACACGCUCAAAACUGUUUCAAUUCCUGGCUGCCCAGUGCAUGUCAAUUCACGCUAUACCUACCCUGUAGCAUUGAGUUGUAGGUGUGACAAAUGUAACACAGACUAUAUUGACUGUGUACAGGAUAGCUCUGAGUCUAAUUACUGUACAAAGCCAAGGAUGCCAAAAGAUUUUCUCUACAAUUAUGCCAAAAAAAUAAUUGGGCAUAAGUUUAAGUAA